AUGGGCGAUUUAUAAAGCCAAUGAAAAGGGCUUUAUACAUGCAAUAUGUAUUCCGUAAAGUGUAUUUUGGUAGACGUAUGUAGCUAUUUUGUUUAGUUUGUGGGGAGUGAAAUGCAAUACUUUACAUAGCGCAUAUAACUCUGAUUGGUCAAUAUUUCAGAUAGUACACUUAUCAGCCAAGAAAAUGCAAAUGCGCUGAGACAUAGGUUGUAAACAAAACACAAGGAAGGUGMCAAGCGUCAGCUGCACCUCAGCUGAUCGGAAGUGGAGCACGCAACCCCAAACCAUUGAGGCUAACUUAGCUAGCUAGUGAGGGAGAAAUGGCUGAUACCAUAGCUGAUACAAGGAGGCUAUUCUCCAAGCCUCAGAACUUGAAUGACGCGUAUGGACCACCUAGUAACUUUCUAGAGAUAGACGUGAGCAACCCUGAGACGGUCGGUGUCGGCAGGACCAGGUUUACCACGUAUGACAUCAGACUAAAGACCAACCUGCCCAUCUUCAAGUUGAAGGAGUCUCGUGUGCGGAGACGGUACAGCGACUUUCAGUGGCUCAGAGGGGAGCUGGAGAGAGACAGCAAGGUGGUGGUACCCCCUCUCCCAGGGAAGGCUCUGUUCAGACAGCUGCCGUUCCGAGGGGACGAUGGGAUAUUUGACGAUUCUUUCAUCGAGGAGCGGAGAGCUGGGCUGGAGCAGUUCCUCAACAAAGUGGCUGGUCACCCCUUGGCCCAGAACGAGCGCUGUCUGCACAUGUUUCUACAGGACGAGUCUGUGGACAAGACCUAUACCCCCUCCAAAAUACGACAAGCCUAAGAGAAGCGGGCCACCACGCGGCCCAGCCCCGGGCCACUCUCGGCCCUGGUCUAUACUCGGCCAGGCCCCGCUCCACAACCCAAAGCUCUCUGUACUGCUAACGGUCCUGCUCUGCUCCGACCACAAACACUAUGAUCUUCAUUCUUCUUUUGUUUGCAAUCACUUUCUUUCUUUCUUUCUUUGUCUUUUAUCUCCGUGUUGAUUAGUGAUCUCAUGUAGUGCUCGUUUUCAACUCUCGAUUGGAUCAAACUAGGAAAUGGUCUACAUGUAAUAACUGUGGUGAAAAUAAUAUAUCAUUGUUUUUGUUGUCUCAAUGCCACUACCUUGAGUAUUUUACAGUAUGUUAUCUAUAUUUAUCAGUGAGGUAUGUCUUGUAUAUUUUCAUUUUUAAAGAAAUAUAAAAAAUACCUUUCCAUGUAUGCAAACCUCAUGUUAAAACCCCAUACAUUACACACUGUUGUUUUUACUCAACGUCCAAUUGGAAUGAUUGUCCUCACCACCAUAAAUGUGACUUGGCACACUUUGUCCCUGACUCUGAAAAUCACCCUUUGUGGAUGGUCAUCACUUCCAUGAACUGAAGCAUGUGUGUGUCUGUGUACUACCAGCCAGCAAUUCCACUGUUAGUUAGCCUGUAAAUUAUUUUAUAAUGACGAAAAAAUGCACCAGAGAGGGGAACCACACAGCAUUUCUACCAACAGAUCAUGUGUUUAUGAAAUGUGCAUACUGCUGUGCCGUUUUGUUUAUUUAGAACAUUUUCCAAUAAAAUAGGUCAAACACUCAUAUGCAUGA